UGUCUCAGUUAAAAAUUAAUUAUUGAAAGCUGUUACUUCCAUAAAGCUAAUUAUUACUAGUACUUUGCUACUAGGAAGCACUUAAAAGGGUGAGUGGUGAGGGAGAUGACAAUGGCUGUACACAUGAAAAAAUACGUAACAAAUCCAUCAAUUUUCAAUUCAAUCAUCCCAAUAGCUGGCCAAUUUUUCUCCACAUCAUGUGCAAUAGCAGCCUUAGAAUCAAAACCAAAAGUGGUACGCAAAUUAUUUGGGGUUAUACAAGACAAAGAUCUUAUGAAAAAGGCUCCAAAUGGUGAACUUUUAGUACUAUAUCUUAUUGACAAUGGCGCAAUGGACUCAGAUGCAGGUUUAUAUAACCAGCUUAUAAAGAAAUGUACUGAAUGGAAACGGUUAAAAGAAGGGAAAAUGGUACAUGAACACUUUUUGAGGUCGAGAUUUAGUCAUUAUAUUGUUCCUAAUAACACAUUGAUUAAUAUGUAUGCGAAAUGUGAGAGUAUGGGUGAUGCACGCAAGGUGUUUGAUGAAAUGCCUGAAAGAGAUAUGGUUUCUUGGACUGCAUUGAUUACUGGGUAUUCGCAGAAUGAGGGUGCUGACGUGGCGUUGGGUUUGUUUAUUGAGAUGUUGAGGUUUGGGUUUAAGCCGAAUCAGUUUACGUUUGGGAGUGUAAUAAAGGCUGCUGGAGCGUUGGACAGUAGUGGAACGGGGAGGAUAUUACAUGGGAGUUGUGUUAAGUUUGGAUAUGAAGAGAAUGUUUAUGUUGGGAGUGCUCUUGUUGAUAUGUAUGCAAGGUGUGGAUUAAUGGAUGAAGCGAAAAUCGUGUUUGAUAAGUUAAGUUGCAAGAAUGAGGUUUCUUGGAAUGGUUUGAUCGCUGGGCAUGCGAGGAAAGGCGAUGGAGAGAUUGCGGUGAAGCUUUUCUCUGAGAUGAAAAGAGGCGGUUUUCAGCCGACCCAUUUUACGUUUUCUAGUGUUUAUGCAGCUUGCGCAAGCAUUGGAGCUUUAGAGCCCGGGAAAUGGGUGCAUGUGCAUAUGAUCAAGUCGGGGUUGGAACUUAUUGCUUUUAUUGGGAAUACUCUGCUUGAUAUGUAUGCCAAGUCUGGUAGCCUUGAUGAUGCUCGAAAGGUUUUUGAUCAUUUAGUGAAAAAGGAUGUUGUUUCUUGGAACUCAAUGCUUACCGCCUAUGCUCAGCAUGGACUCGGAAAAGAAACUGUAGAUUGCUUUGAGGAAAUGCGUAGGAUAGGACCUGAACCUAAUGAAGUGACUUUUCUUUGUGCUCUUACAGCUUGCAGUCAUGCUGGGCUUCUAGACAAAGGAAUGGAUUAUUUUGAAUUGAUGAAGACAUUUAAGAUAGAACCAAAUAUUUCACAUUACGUGACUGUUAUAGAUCUACUUGGUCGAUCAGGUCAACUUCACCGUGCUGUAAAGUUCAUAAAUGAAAUGCCAAUUGAACCAAAUGCAGCCGUUUGGAAAGCUUUGCUGGGAGCUUGUAGGAUGCAUAAAAAUUUGGAGUUGGGUGUUUAUGCAGCUGAACGUGUGUUUGAACUUGAUCCCUAUGAUUCAGGGCCACAUAUUUUGCUGGCCAACAUAUAUGCCUCUGCUGGUAGGAGAAGUGAUGCUGCAAGAGUUAGAAAAAUGAUGAACGAUGGUGGAGUCAAGAAAGAACCUGCUUGUAGUUGGGUGGAGAUUGAAAAUGCUGUUCAUAUGUUUGUAGCAAAUGAUGAUGCCCAUCCACAGAGAGAGGAGAUCCGUAACAUGUGGGAUAAGAUAACUGAUAAAAUUAAGGAAAUUGGCUAUGUCCCAGACACUAGCCACGUGCUUUGGUUUACUGAUCAGCAGGAGAGGGAAGAGAGGUUGCAAUACCACAGUGAACGACUUGCUUUAGCAUUUGCACUUCUCAAUUCUCCACCUGGAUCCCCUAUCCGAAUAAAGAAGAACAUCAGAGUUUGUGGUGAUUGCCAUACUGCAUUUAAGUUUGCUUCAAAGGUGGUUGACAGGGAAAUCAUCUUGAGAGACACAAAUCGGUUCCAUCAUUUUCGUAAUGGUUCUUGUUCCUGUGGGGACUACUGGUAGUGCUAAAAUAGUUUCCCAUAUAUCCAAUAGUUAACCAUCUAAGACUCAUUUAAAUUAAAUGUGGUAACGUGAAAUCGUUUUGGACUUGACUAUCAUGUAGGACAUUGUUGGGAUGGGAUGAUGCAUGUUUUCCUACCAAAAUUGCUUAUUGGCUUAUACACAAGCAUCUUUUAUAUAUACAGCCAUCCAUCAAAUGGAUUAGCGGUUCUUUUUGCCUUGUAAGGCUGGUUUUGACUACUUUAUUGCUUUCUAGGACAUGGUUAGAAGCAGGUUACUCUCACGGUCUCUGCCUCUCUGAAUAGCAAAGGAAUGAUAACUUAAAGGCAAGAGGUUCUGGAAAAUACUGGUGCCAAUUGCCGAUAAUUUUUACACUUGUUGGAGGCUUAGGGGUUAAAGACUUGGCACUACAUACAAGUGUAUGCUAAUGAAGUGCUACUGGAGUUAUAAUCAGGAGACAACUGGUCUAUGGAAGGAGAUGAUUCAAGCAAAAUUUGGUAGCACUAGGCACUGGUGCUCUAAUCAAGUUUCAACUCCUUAUGGCACAGGGGUUUGGAAAGCUAUUAGGAGCCUGUGAGAGGUCUUUUCUAGCAAUGCUUCUCUCAAGGUGGGAAGUGGGGAGCAUAUUCAGUUUUGGAAAGAAACUUGGUUGGGAAACAUUCCCCUUAUGAAUGUUUUUCCAAGCAUCUUUCAGAUUGCCUCCAACCCUGACUCAUCCAUCUCUCAGUGUAGGGAAGCCAAUGUUUGGAAUCUGAUUCUGAGGAGAAAUCUAAAUGAUUGGGAGUUAGAAGAUUUUAUAGCUCUCAUGGCCACCAUUCAGAGCAGCCCACUCGAUAGCUUAGGCAGAAAUAGACUCACUUGGGGAAGUUACAGGGAUGGCUCCUAUUCAGUGAAAGAAGGCUGGAAGGAGCGAUGUUGAAGAGAGACUGAAGUUCGUUUUCAUGUCAGGAAAUUCCAGUGAUGGGUAUAAUGAGGCAUUGCAGGUUGUUGAUGAAGUACAUGGAAUCAUCUCUCUCAACACAAUUCAGAUGAACUGGUGCAAGAUUUCUCACUACUUAUUUCUAAUGAAAACUCAUGAGAUUUGCUCACACUAUUGCAUCUUCCGGGAGGCUGCUCUCCAAGAACAUGCUUGCAGUGGAAUGCAUUACAGGGUAUGCAAAACUGCUGGAGAAUGUCAUAACUUUCCCAUCUGAUGUCAUAUUUCCAGGAGAUACCUCUCAGCUUAAGCAGGGCUUAUGGGAGUGGGGAUAUUUCCAAAAGGAUGUAGAGAAUGGUAAUGACAUAGAAGAUCUUCAAAUGAAGGAUGUGGAUCCAAUAAAUUCCAGUGUUGUUUCUUGCCUUAGUAAACAUGACAGGUUUUGCUCCUUUGGUGAAUGUAUCCAGAGAUGAUCCGGAGGCUUUAAUGGAAGACUUUCCAAGUGAGUUGGUGUGGGACGUCUUGAAUGAGAUGGAGCAAUCUGAGGAAGUAAAUAUCUGUUGAGCACAUGUUUUGUAUAUGUAGAUUGAGGAGAGAGUGGAACAAGACAUUGGUGGGUGGGAUGUAAUAUAUCGUAAUGCUCGAAAAGCUGAAAAGCUUCAGUUUAAAACUAAUGAGAGGGAUGAAGGAGAGCUGGAAAGGACUGGGCAACCAGUAUGCAUUUAUGACGUUUAUGAUGGAACUGGAGCUUGGUCAUUUCUGCAUCAUGGUUCUUUGUACUGUGGGUUGAGCCUAGUGAGUUCCUGUGGCUUAUUCUAUAUGUUUCAGUUUCACAUGGUUUUCUCUCGUUUUUGGGUAUAUGUUGGUACAGAAAUGGAGUUUUUAAGAAUACAAUGCUAUAUGUUAAACAUAUUUGCUAAUGCAGAUCAAUCAACUAAGCACUGAGAUUGAGGUCAGAUGAUGUUGAUGCAGUUGGCCGGCUUACCCUCUUGAAUGAGACCUACUACUGGAAUAUCCUCUGUGAGAUGGGUGGCAUGUUCUCAAUUGCAAACCAUUUAGAUAAUAUUCAUAAGCGACCCUGGAUUGGGUUCCAGUCAUGGCGAGCUACUGGGAGAAAAGAUAUACUAAUGUAUCAGGUUUCCUUAUCUAUAAAUGCUGAGCUGGCCCUAGAAGAAACAACACAGGCAAAGGCUAAAGGUGAUGUAAUAUACUAUUGGGCACACUUGGAUGUGGAUGGUGGUUUUACAGGAAGCAAUGAUGCUCGUACCUUCUGGUCAAUGUGUGACAUAUUGAAUGGAGGCAACUGCAGAUGGGCGGGUGUAUUUUUGCUUCAUAGUUGUCUCAGCUAACUCUCAUUCUUCCAGAAAUGCUUUCCAAGAUGCAUUUUGUAGAAUGUAUGGCUUACCGUCACAUAUAGAAGCUCUCCCAACCAUGCCUGAAGAUGGUGGGAGAUGGUCAGCACUACAUAGCUGGGUCAUGCCAACCUCUUCUUUUCUGAAGUUCGUUAU